AUUAUUACUCACAUUAUAUGGAAAUUGUGUCUCUCUUUCCUAUCGACUCUUAUAACCAAAAGUAUUGACACUUUUUGUGAGCAAAUUAUUAAUUCAUUUCUAAACUCGUCUCUCAUUAUAUAAGAGACACAUUUCUCUCAUUACUAAUUGAACUUCAGUUUCAGUUUCAUAAAAAUAAUAUUACUUUAAAAUACCGACGAAUUAGUGAAAAAACAAAACAAAAUAUGAAACUAUUAGUGAUUUUCAGUGUCUGUCUGUCAGCCGUGAUGUGUGUCUUAGGGGCCGAUACGCCGACACCGCCGGAGAUAAUCAGCAUUGAGUGUAAGAAACGGUCGGCAAUACUGCGGUGGUCGGCGAUGGGUGAGGCAGACGUCAAGGAGUUUAAGAUUCAAUACAUGACUAAUUGGUCGCCAAAUGAGUGGUUUGAUUACGUAUACAAGACUCCGGUAGUGGACGCAGAGCUGCGGCUCAUACUGAACCCGUGGGCGACGUAUAAGUUUCGUGUGAUCUCGGUCAAUUAUGUGGGCGCCAGCAACGCGUCCGCCCCAUCCGACUCGUGCACCACAGAGGAGGACAUUCCGCACAAGAAUCCGGACGAUGUGUACGGACGGGGAAACGGACCCAAGAAUUUGGUCAUAUCGUGGAAACCGAUGCCACCGACCGAACACAACGCCCCAGGAUUUUACUACAGAGUCUUCUACCGACUGAGCGAUGAAGUGAACUCUGAAUGGCAUGAAAGGCAUGUUCUCGAUUGGCAACAGCACAGACUCCUCAUCGAGAAUCUGCCCAAAUUGAGACCCUAUCGGAUCAAAGUGGAGGCCCAUAACAGUCUGGGUAGGGCUCGGGUCGACGCCCACGAAGUGAUCGGUUUCUCCGAUGAGGACAGACCGAGCGAUGCGCCCAAAGACUUGAGAUUAAUUGAAGUAAUUGAUGGCAAAAGCGCUAAACUGAGUUGGAGUGCAGUCCCUCCCAUGUCUUUGAACGGACAUUUCAAAGGAUACAAAGUGCAGGUGUGGACAGAGAGCUAUGAAAACAAGAGCGAACAGAUAGUGGCGGCAAACAUAACGACAGCACUCAUAGAGAUAUUCACUCCGGAGUCGCAAAACAAUGUUCAAGUGCUGGCCUUUAACGGCGCUUUCGACGGCCCGGCGUCUAAUCAGAUCACUGUUGACACUCCCGUCGAUAUAUAUCCAGAUCCGCCCGCUUUCGUGUGGACUCGACAUACGAACCGCAAUAAUCGGGGCGUAAUUCGCAUAACAUAUGAGCCGAAUGUUACGCAUAACAAUCCCGGCGACAAAAUUUACAUCGAGUAUCGGCUCAAAGGUAUCGACGAUUUGGACAAAUGGCAGAACACUUUCAAAGAGGACAUGGAAGAGGCCAAAGGGCCCAUAGAAUUGGGGGAUUUGCAGUUCGACCGCUUCUAUGAGAUCAGAGUUGUCGCCGAAUCCGGGAAUUUGAGAGCUUUUAGUAAUAUCUCGACCAUCGAUACUGGCGUUCAAAAGUGGCCAAAACCCACCACCACUACCACAGAGGCGCCGCCCCCUCCGCCUACAUAUGAGCAGUAUAUCCCACGGGGACCGGACACGGGUCACGCGCCUGUAAAGCCGGGACCAAAUGACAAGACCGACAAUCUUGAUAGAGAGGGCCCGCAGUCACCGGAGGCCGAUUCAGAUGGCAGUGGUUUCUCAAAGACCCACUGGUUUAUAGCGUUCGCAUGUGUUGUGGCCUUUAUCUGCGCUUUUGUCGGAGUGUUUAUAUUCCUGAAGAGACGAAAGAGCGGCGCCGCAGAAGUGAAUCGCAAUCCGCGGGUAAAGAGCGACAAAAUACGGACCACUUCUAUGACGGCGUCGAAGACUCCCAACAAUUACACGAGUGAUCCAAACGAGAGCAACAGUUUCAUCGUUUCCGUCAACGAUAACCAAAAUAACGGACACAACGGACGGGUCGGACACGACGAGACCGACGACACCGAUGAUGACCGCCAACACCGGGACGUCUAUAACGGCACCACUGAAACCGCUCAUUAAGUUCACCUAUAAUUAACUUUUUACUUCAAAGUGUUUGAAGGUUUUCAAUAGUAUCUUAAUAUAAUUCAUAAGAAAUUACUCUUUUAAAGCUAGUGUUUGGGAUAAUUUACGUUCAUUUUUCUCAUAAGACAUCACAAUCUCAUUCACUUCUUAAUGUGGUAUUGAAAUUACAAUUAUUAUUAUUUUGCAUUAAUUUUUAGUAAUAUUUAUUUUUUACAACAUUAAUAUACAGUAUAUCUAUCUUUAACUGAUGACGGC